AUGGAUGAUGAAGAAGCGUCGGUUGUUGAUAUUGCAUUGGCCGCUAGACUGCUGGGGAGCCCUGGAUGGAGAGUCAUAGUAUACGUAGUAGACAAUUUCAGCUCGGUGUUGCCCGGCACAGUGUGGCUACAUGACCCGGACUCCUUCCAAAUUGCAGUAAUGAUCUAUGGCACUAAGCUGUCGGUCUCCACUGGUGUCGUGGGCAGACGGCAGAGUGGAUGCGCUUGUAGGGGGGACAUUAGUCAAUCAAGACGGCGACCUGUAGAGCGAGACCCAGAAUGGCACCCAACGCCCUGUCACUGGAGUCUCUCUCCGAUGGUCGAUCCAUGGGACGCCACCCUGCUCAUCCUGUGCCCCUUAAGAAAUCGCAAGCAAAGCCCCCGGGGUGCCGCAAAAAAUCAGACCAGGAUCAAUAGCCACAUGGAGAAAGCUGGGUGGCUCACUCAAUUUGGCUUAGAUGGUGUUGAAGAAUGUUCUUCCACCGGUUUCAAUUUGAUGAGACUCGGUCACGACCGUGCUGGUGUGGAUAGCGCCGCCAGUGGAGGGUAUGAUCAAGGCAGCGAGGAUAUGGGAGCAUGCAUAGCAGGGCAAAAGAUGGCCUUCAUCAGUCCCCGAUUAGCGGAAGACCCCGGAUGGCUCCUCCCUAACAAAGUUUCGUACCUCGAUAAAAGCUAA